GCUGAACUGGCGAGUGCGCUAAGUAACUCUCGAGCGGUGCAUCAUUUGCUAGUCGAGGCGUUGGGCAGCAUAGAGUCAAACCGCCAACGCGUCGACCGAGCCCUAACACAACACAUCCCCCACAUCUACACCGAACUCAACAACUCCAUGCUCUCCCUCCAAACUCUCCAAUCCCGUCUCCCCGAACUCCGUUCCCAAAUCCACGCCAUCCGCUCCGCCUACGACUCCGGUCGUUCCAAAGCCCAGACAUUACAACACGAACUCGAGUGGAAGAGGGCACCUAUACAGGAGAAACUUUUGAGAGUCGCCUUGGCAAGACCUGGUGACGAGGAGGGUAUGAAGAAAAUCCCUGUUAAGAGGAGUGAAGUGGUGCUUGUGCGGAUUGUGCUUGUGAUUUGUAUGCUUGUGAUUUGUUGGCAGCUUGGUGGUGCCUUGGAUGGAGCGUAUAGAGCGUACAGACAUCGACUUGUCUGGGGUGAUAAACUCAUUUCUUAA